AUGUCAUCACUCUCGUUCGAUCCACAAGAGUACACGAAGCAGCUCGAGGUUGCUGCCGAGACCUUAAAUGGCUUAUUGGCGGACACUCCAGAACUUGCCAAACCCAGGGUUAUGAUCAUCUGCGGAUCGGGACUUGGAGGAAUUGCUGAUAUAUUGGCGGCUGAGCCAAAAGUCGAGGUUCCAUAUAACAAGAUUCCGGGAUUCAAGACCUCUACAGUCCCUGGACAUGCUGGUAAGUUGGUGUUUGGAUUAAUUGGUUCAAAGAAAGUCCCAGUCAUGUGUAUGGUUGGAAGAUUACACUUUUAUGAAGGCUAUUCAUUUCAAGAAACUACCUUCCCUGUGAGAUUAGCCAAAUUGUUAGGUGUUGAAGUUCUUGUGGUCACCAAUGCUGCAGGAGGAGUGAACCCAGAUUACGUUCCUGGUGACUUGAUGAUUAUCACUGACCAUAUUAACUUUCCAGGGAUGGCAGGGUACCACCCAUUGAGGGGUCCGAAUAUGGACAAUUUCGGCCCAAGAUUCCAACCUUUGUCUGACGCAUACGAGCACAGUCUUAGAAAGUUAUUCUUCGAAAAGAAGAAAGAAUUGGGGAUCACUAGAAAGGUUUACGAAGGUACCUAUUUCUUCGUAGCUGGCCCUACAUUCGAAAGUAGAGCUGAAGUCAGAUUCAUUCGUGCGACCGGUGGUGAUGCUGUUGGAAUGUCAACUGUUCCUGAAGUUAUUAUUGCUCGUCACUCGGGCUUGAGAGUUUUGGCUUUAUCGUUGAUUACUAAUGCUGGUGUAGGUGAAAAGCCUCCUACUUCCUUCGAUGAGGAGCCAAAACCUCUUGAUGAAGGUAUGGCAUCUCAUGCAGAAGUAUUGGAAACUGCAAAUGAGGCAUCCAAGGAUGUGCAAAAGAUCUUUGAAUACACAAUCAAUGAGUUAUAA